CCAUGAGCCACACACUAACUUACAGCUUACACCCUAUAAAAUGGAGAAUCUCAACACCUUAUUCCGGACACAAACUCAUAUAUCAUUCUCUCUAUCUAUCUCUCCCUCUCUCUCUCUCUCUCUCUCCGUAUAUCCCUUCAUAUUCUUUCUGAACUUAAUAGCACUUUGAGUACUCUUAACUGCAAACAAAAAUGGUUUCCACUGAUGAAACAAAGAGUACUACAACUCUUUCAGAUUCUCGGGAUUACAAAGGUCGACCUUCAGAUAGGUCGAGAUCUGGAGGAUGGCUUAGUGCUGCUAUGAUCUUAGUUGUGGAAUUGAACGAGAGAUUAACAACGCUAGGGAUCGCAGUGAAUUUGGUUACGUAUUUAACUGGUGUGAUGCAUCUGGGAAAUGCAACUUCAGCUAAUGCAGUUACUAACUUUUUAGGGACGUCGUUCAUGCUGUGCUUGCUAGGUGGAUUCAUUGCUGAUACAUUUCUAGGACGAUAUCUAACCAUAGCCAUCUUUACCACAAUUCAAGCCAUGGGUGUGACGUUAUUGACAAUAUCUACCGUAAUUCCAAGCCUUCACCCACCAAAGUGUGCAGUGAUAGGCUCGUCGGAAUGUGUUCCAGCAACUAGUACUCAGCUCACGGUUCUUUACAUGGCACUUUACUUAACGGCUCUUGGAACCGGUGGUCUGAAGUCAAGUGUAUCUGGUUUUGGUUCUGAUCAAUUCGACGAUUCCGAUAAUAAAGAAAAAUCUCAAAUGGUGAGUUUUUUCAGCUGGUUUUUCUUCUUCAUAAGUCUUGGAUCAUUACUGGCGGUCUCAGUACUUGUUUACAUACAAGAUAACGUCGGAAGACAGUGGGGUUACGGUAUUUGUGCGGCGACUAUUGUGUUAGGCCUCGUUAUUUUCUUAUCUGGAACGAGGAAAUACCGUUUCAAAAACCUCGUAGGUAGUCCGUUAACACAAAUUGCAACGGUAUUUGUUGCUGCAUGGAAGAAACGUCAUUCCGAGUUACCGUCGGAUCCGUCAUUUCUUUUCAACCUCGACGAAAAAGUACAAAACGACGGGAAGAAAACCCAAAAGCAAAAACUACCUCAUAGCAAACAAUUCCGUUUUCUCGAUAAGGCGGCAAUCAAGGAUACAGAUGUAGAGCAAAAUAUGCAACAUAUAGAUAGCAAGUGGUCUUUAUCAACUCUAACGGACGUGGAAGAAGUAAAAAUGGUGGUGCGGAUGCUACCAAUAUGGGCAACCACCAUACUGUUUUGGACUGUUCAUGCUCAAAUGGCGACAUUCUCUGUCUCCCAAGCAGCUACCAUGGACCGUAGUGUUGGAAAGUCUUUCCAGAUUCCCGCUGCUUCACUAACGGUUUUCUUCGUAGGUAGCACUCUGCUGACCGUCCCAAUUUAUACCCGCUUAAUUGCUCCGAUCUGCCGGAAAGUACUCAAAAACAAGCAUGGUCUCUCCCCAUUACAGCGUAUCGGUGUAGGCCUAGUGCUCUCCGUAAUUGGUAUGGCAGCGGCUGCUCUAACGGAAAUAAAGCGUCAACACUCAGCACGAACAAAUGGGUUGACUAAUGAUCCAAAUGCCACUAUACCGUUAACUGUAUUUUGGUUAAUCCCACAGUUCUUAAUAGUUGGUGCUGGUGAGGCUUUUAUCUAUACAGGGCAACUUGAUUUCUUCCUAAGAGAGUGUCCAAAAGGGAUGAAAACUAUGAGUACCGGUUUAUUUUUGAGCACACUUGCAAUAGGUUUCUUUUUUAGUUCUCUCUUGGUUUCGAUAGUACACAUGAUUACUGGGGACGCGCAUCCAUGGAUAUCCGACAAUCUAAACCAGGGGAAGCUGUAUGACUUUUAUUGGUUAUUAUCUGGGCUAAGCAUGCUUAACUUUGGGGCAUUUUUGAUUGCUGCAAACUGGUACGUUUACAAAGAGACUAGAUUUGCAGCAGAAGGAAUCGAGCUCGAAGAAAUUGAUGAUCAUGCACCAUGCGGUCAUUAAAAUAGCUAGAAGCAGAAGAAGUUCCAGCAUAUUGCAUGUCAUGCAUGUUGUCAUGACAAACAAAUAGGUUAAUUUUUGGGUUUUGGUUUGAUCUUUUGUUGUUUCUUUCCUUUCCAGUGGUGUAAAUGACUGUAAGUCAGUAUAAAAUGUCUAUGGCAUGUGUGUACAAAUUCAUAAAAGUAAACGCAAGUUUAUCAAAAAAAUAAAUAAACAAUAUUUGUGUGACAA